AUGGCGGCUGCGGGCCCGGCGGGCUCGAGGCAGUCCGGGCGCCCCAGCGGCAGCCCGAAGGGCGGCUCGCGGGCGCACGGCCGGGCCCCGAACCGGUCGCCCGACGGGAAGGCCCCGCACCGGUCGCCCGCGCGGACGCCCUCGCCAGUCGGGGUGUACCAGUGGGGCCACAGCCAGGAGGGCCCGUGGGCCGCGGCCGCGGGGCGGCAUUCCGCGGGCGGGAAGGGCGGCUCCUCCAUGGGCGGCGGCCUCGACCCCGCCCAGGCCUACGGGAUGGGCUCCUAUGGCACGGUGGCGGACUCCCCCAUGUUCCCGUUCCCGUGGCCCGGCCCGGACGCCAGCUACGGCAUGAUGGCGACCGGCUCCGGAGGCCUCGGCGGCGGCGUGGGCCCGAGGGCAGACGCACUGGGGGGCGAGGGCCACGGCGAGGGCGGGGGCCUCGGGGACGACGACCUGAUGAUGGACCCGCGCCUGUGGCAGCAGCAGAUGAUGAUGGCGGCGGCCAUGCAGGCCAACUGCAUGGGGGGCGUGGCCGCGGCGGAGGCGCAGGCGCUGUCGGCGGGCGAGGCGCCGGACCACGGCGCGGGUUGGGCCGGCGACGCGAGGCGGGCUCGGCCCCGCGGCAAGGACAGGCCCUCCGCGGACCCGGGCAGCGGCGCGGGCGCGUCGCCGUGGGCGCGGGGACCCGGCGAGGACAAGGGCGGCGCGGGGGGCAAGGGCGGGCGGCGGCGGGGAGGCGGGGGAGUCGGCGGCGCGGCUGGCGGCGGGGAGGAGCGGCACGGGGGCGGCGGUCACGGCGGGGGGGGCAAGUCCCGGCCUCCGAGCAACCCAGUGGUGGAGCAGCUCAAGGCGAGGCACGCGCAGGGGAACAUCGACCUCGGCAGCCUGGCGUCGCACAUAGGCGAGAUCGCGACGGAUCAGUACGGCUCCAGGCUGAUCCAGCAGAAGCUCGAGGUGGCCAGCGACGAGGAGAAGCAGCAGGCCUUCGCGGCGGUCCUCCAGCAUAUGUCCAUGCUCACUCAGGACGUGUUCGGCAACUACGUCAUCCAGAAGUUCUUCGAGCACGGCACCCCCGAGCAGCGCAGGAUGCUGGCGGAGCAGCUUCUGGGCCAAGUCCUGCAGCUGUCGCUGCAGAUGUACGGCUGCCGCGUGGUGCAGAAGGCGCUAGACUGGGUACCCAUAGAGCAGCAGGUGCUGCUGAUCGGCGAGCUCAAGGGCCACGUCCUGCCGUGCAUUGAAGACCAGCAUGGUAACCACGUCAUCCAGAAGUGCAUCGAGCGCCUGCCGACUGACCGGAUCGGCUUCAUCGUGGACUCCUUUCGGGACCAGGCGUGCCGCAUGGCGAAGCACUGCUACGGCUGCAGGGUCAUCCAGCGGUUGAUCGAGUUCUGCGCGUCGCAUCAGAUCUCGGCACUGCUCGACGAGGUUCUGCAGUCAUGCAUGGACCUCGCCGAGGAUCAGUACGGAAACUAUGUGGUCCAGCACGUGAUGGAGCACAGCAGUAGGCCUGGGGACAGACAGUCCAUCAUGCUGAAGGUGUGCGAGAACAUCCUCAAGCUGUCCUGCCACAAGUAUGCCAGCAACGUCAUCGAGAAGGCCUUGUCCUGUGGGACGAUAGAUGAGCGGUCUGCAAUCAUCUACGCGAUCGUCGGGGAGCAGGGGUCCACCCACUCGCCGCUUGUGACCAUGAUGAGCCACAGGUUCGGCAACUACAUCGUGCAGCGCGCAAUCCAGCUCUCUGCAGGGCCUCAGCGGAAUGCCCUCUUCUGGAAGCUGCACAAUGAGAUGCCGACUCUGAAAAAGUCAAAUACGUACGGGAAGCACAUCAUCUCAGCCCUCGAGGAGGCGCAGAACCCUAGGGUGGCUGCGGUCCCGAAGGCGAACUCUGCCGGCAGGCCUUCGCCCACGCGCGCCUAGUGACGCGCGGGGCCGCCCAGCGGUAGCAGCCCGAUGGCGCGUGGUGCCACUGCGCCAGCGGCCCGUGUUUCAUCCAGGGCAGCACAAGGCGGCGACGGGACAGGGAUGUUCUUCUUCCAUCCUUCUUUUGUGGGACGCGCCUGUCCGGCUUCUCCCUCGCCCCCUCCUGGCCUCCCGGGCCCGCGCGCUGUGCUGAGCACGCUGUACCGAGAGCCCUCCGGAAGCGCCGGAGGUUUGGGGAGGGUCGCCUUGCAUCUCCGCACUCCAGCGCUCUGAGCGCGACGCAUGGCCUGGUCUGCGCCGUAGAAGCCAUCGCGCGCCCGCGCGCCCGCCCGCCUGUUCCUCGAGUCUGCUUCACGUCGGUAACUCGCAGAGGGGUGACACCGCGCUUCGCGUGUCGCGGCGCGGGCUGGACAGCUGCCCUUCUCCGGGGCGGCUUAGCGAGGGCG